UUCGCACUGUAGAAGCGACUCCCUUCAUAGCAGAGUUUUCACAGUUUCUCUCCCUUUACAGCUCUUAUAUGUUAUUCACAUGUCAUUUAUUAGAUUGGAAUACAUAAGUGUAAAUUUAUAAAUAGCUAAUCGCUGAUAACAGCAGGAAUACAACUUUUAAGAUGCGUCCAUUCUCUCACCUUUUCCUUGAAGAGCCCACAGCAACGUUUGCCACAGAAUUAAAUAGACAUUGACAGGAGAAAAUCAUCUAUUUUCUUCAGGUGUUGCUUCUGGAGCCUGUGAACAAACAGUCGAGUGAAAUGGAACAUUUUCCAUCAGAAAUAAGUGAAACACAGCUAUAUGGAGUUUCGGAGCUGAUGGAUUUGCUUCACAUAGAUGUAGAAACUGAUGUAGUGGACGGCAGACCAGAGAGAGAUGAUGCACUGUGUUCAAAGAAUGUGCUCAGGAAGCAGCGACACUGGGAGAGGCAGCUGGCUGCAAAGAAGAUCAAGAGGAAAGAAGAGAAGCAGAGAAGAAAGCUCAAUCGGGAGCAGGAGUCUGGUGCUUGCACAGACCAUCCUCAGGUUACCAAACGGGUCAUGAAGGCAAUCACCAAAGAGCGUUUAGUUGAGGCUCAGUCCACGGGGCUCAAACUCUGCAUUGACCUCAGUAUGACAGAUUGCAUGUCUGACAAGGAGAUAAGCCGACUGGCUGGCCAAUUAAGGCGGCUGUACGGGUCUAAUAAGAAGGCGACUCGGCCGUUUCACCUCCACCUGACAGACCUGAGAGAGGACAGCCGCCUCUACAAGGAGUGUAUACGCAUGAAUGAUGGCUUCCUCAACUACAUGGUGGAGAUAACAGAAGAAAGCUGUUUAGAUCUAUUCCCUCCAGAAACUGUUGUCUACCUCACUCCAGAUGCAGAAGAAGCUCUGGAGACAGUGGAUGCUGACAAGGUGUAUGUCCUUGGUGGUCUUGUGGAUGAAAGCAUCCAGAAGAAGUUGAGCCUCAACAGAGCGAGAGAACUGAGCGUCCACACAGCCAGGCUGCCCAUAGACGAGUACAUGGUAAAGAAAAACAAUGUAAAGAAUUUCCACUCAAAGAUCCUGGCUGUUAAUCAAGUGUUUGACAUCUUGUUGACUUUUUCUGAGACUGGCAGCUGGAUACAAGCUCUGCAGACAUGGUUCCCUCUGGGAAAAGGCUACGUAGUCUCCUCUAAUGAUUCACCACCACUUCAUGCUUCAUCACAGAUGCAUCAAGAAAAUUAACAGUUAUUUCAUGCUUUUGACAAAUGCUUGUGUUGAAAGACAGUCGCCUGC